AUGACAUCACAGGUGUCGGUAAUAGGGGAGAAUCUCACAGGCUACUAUGAAAAAGCGCUAUUUUUCUUCAACAUUGACGCAGAGGUAAACCUAGAUGAAGGGAAACAGCUCGAAUUCAUCUCGCCCAAAGCUUCGUGUUGCCGGACAACGGCCAUACAACCACUGAAAUUCUCAUCAGCCAUGAAUCAGCUAUUUUCUUGUUUCCUUAUUAUUGUUUCCAUUAGCAGCACCGAGAGUCUGCAGUGCAAUGUGAUGAACACCAUCCAGGGGUUAUUCGUGCAGCAAUGUCCUGGCAACAUAAUGUCGUGCAUGAAAUUUGUGUGCAGACUGCGAGGAUAUGAGCAAGUUUACAAAGGAUGCAACGAUCCAGCUAAUCCUGCCGUUGCCUGUCAGACUCUACAGUCCAACUGCCAAGCUCAAGGAGGAACUGGACAAUGCUUCACCUGCAACUAUGAGUUCUGCAACUCGUCGGCAGAGCUUACUUCAUUUGUCGUUCUUGCAGCUGCCAUAUUAUUUUAUUCCAUUUGA